ACGGAGACGGUUCAAAAAGCUAUUCAAGGAUGUUGGGAUUCUAUCCAUGUUAUCGAGAUUAACGAAAGAGUAAGUUCUUCGCGCCAAGUUCAUUAUAAGCUGACGAGUACGAUCAUGCUUUGGUUGCAAACAAAUAAACCAGGAAGUGGUAUGAUGAAUCUUGGAGGAUCACUAACAAGACAGGUAUGUUUUUUUGUGAGAGUUUAA